ACUCUGUUAUCUGUGAUUGUGUGAUUGUUCAGUAAAUAGACAAUUUAGUUUAUCUAUAGUUCAGUUAUUUUAGAAACAGUAUUCAUAUAUAAAAAUUUUUGGUGUUUACGAAUUUUGAUUGAAUAUGGGUGAAUGUUAUAAUUAUUCUUGGGAAAAUCCAACAAGUUUUAUUGAAGAGGGAGAAAUUAUAUAUGAUGCGGAAGAGAUUUUACCAGUCAAUACAGAAGAAAUUACAUGUGAUACACAAUCGACAGAUACAUCACUAAAACAUUCUGAAAGUGAGAGAGAUCUGCAAGAAGAAAAACUAUACUUUUCAAGUGACGACAUCUUCACCAAGCAACUGCCAAAUGAGAAUGAAUAUUUAGUUUUGCCUAUGGAAGAUCAAGUGAUUGAAGAAACAGUAAUUGAACAGUGGAUAGGAGACAGUACUCAAGAGAUUGUCUCAAAUGAACUAACUACUGUGGAAGAUAAUCAAUAUCAGGUUCCUUUGCAACAAGAUGAAUAUAUUACUUUGAGGCCUUAUCCAUGUGACUUCUGUAACAAAAGAUUUAGGAGUAAGACUAAUCUUACAAAUCAUUUGUCUUCUCAUCAAAAUACUCAUGAUUACUAUGAAUGUAAUGAAUGUGGACUUGGGUUCAUCAAUAUAAAUGAAUUAUUAGGACAUAAAAAAAUUCACGAGAAUGAGUCAAAAUUUUCUAUAGACAAUAGCAUUCAGUAUCUUGCAUGCAUACAUUGUGCUGAGGGAUUCUUCAGUCAAAAAGAAUUGGAUUCUCAUCUGAAGUUACAUGAAGCAAAGCCUCCAUCUACAUGUCUAAAAUGCGGAUUAGAUUUUAUAAACUCAAGAUCAUUGAUGGAACAUCGGCGAAGAGCUCAUGGAUUUAAAGAUGAUCGUCAAAAGGUUCGAUUGAAACAGAAAAAUAAAUUUGGGACAUAUUCUUGCAUAACUUGUGGAAAAUCUUUUUGUCGACAAGAUGAUCUCAAGAGACACCAACAAAAUCAUAUUGAUGAUGUGGUUAAUGAUCCUGAAUCAGGUUUUACUUGCAGAGUUUGCUGUGAAACGUUCGCAGAACCCCUUGACCUUUUGGCUCAUGCUGAGGAGCAUGCUCGUGGUUUCGAAUACAGUUGCAUGGUUUGCUCAGAAAAUUUUAUAGAUGAAGAAACGUGUGCCGUACAUGUUAAAGAACAACAUCCCGAAGAAGAAGGUUUACACUGUAGCAAAUGUCCAAGGAUUUUUUAUGAUAUAUCCAGAUUAGAAAAACAUCUGCUGUCACACAAAGAUGAAUCUUCAAUGAAUAAUGUGCAUGAUCAGCCGACCAACAGAUAUAAAAACAUUGGUAAAUUAUCAGAUCAGCAAUUUUCAUGUCAAGAGUGUGGAAAAAGAUUUGCUACCAGAAGUUCUCAGCAAAUACAUAUGAGGAUACAUACAGGCGAACGUCCUUAUGGGUGCAGUUUUUGUCACAAAGCUUUCACAGAUGGGGGUACUCUCAGAAAACACGAAAGGAUUCAUACUGGCGAGAAACCUUAUGCAUGCGUCAUUUGUCCCAAAGCUUUCAAUCAGAGGGUUGUCUUGAGGGAGCACAUCAGAUCGCACCAUUCGGGCCCUGAUCCAAGUUGCUCUGAUAGUAUGACGCCGUUUCGUUGUACCAUCUGCUCGGACAUGUUCUCCGAAUCCCAGGAUUUAAUAGUGCAUGUGAUUCAUCAUUGCGAUAUAAAUACUGCAAUGAAAAGAAAACCCAAAGCCGGUCCCAGAAAAUACGUUCGCAGAUCCAAAUUGAAAAGCCAAAAAGUUCAAGAACAAGAUGAGUAUGACUUUCAAGAGGAGAACGAAGAAGAUGAGCAUCGUCAGCAAAGCGGGACAAUGCCCAACUAUGAAAUAGACAUGGAUGUUAACCAGACGCAGGACAUGAGAAACACUCUUUCGGAGCAUGAAUAUGAGGACAUGGAUGUCGAUCAAGAAAUGUCACAUUCUUCAACGCCAAUUUUAGAAUUGCCUGAAAUGGAAAAUAGAGAAGAAUUGCGAGAUACCUCAGUUGUUACUUCAAGGGCGAAAAUGAUACAUACAGAAAAAAAACCAAAGAUUAAUCCAGUUGAAACUAGAGGAAGGAAAAAUAAAAAAAAUACUGUGAGAGAAUUUUUGGAAGGUGUCAGACCAAGAACAAAAAAUGUCACUUAUCCUGUUCAAGAACAAAGCAAGCCAUCAAUAGCAACUUUUCCUCCCAGGAAUUCUCGAAAAAGAAGGAAAAACCCAAGAUUUCAGGAAGAAUUUUAUUCUGACCAUACUGAAAGUUUGGAUGAUUCAGAAGAACAAAUUGAAUAUAAUGUUCCAGAAAAAAGGACUAGAAGAAUAUCUUUGAGAAAAUCAAAUAUUGGUGAUGCAGAAAUUACUGAAAAAACAAGCAAGUUGAAAGAAGAACAGAGUAUUGGUGAAUUUAGCUUCAAACAAGAAUUUGAACAGUGUGAACAACAAAUUGUGUAUGAAACACCUGAUUUAUAUGAAAUUCCUGAAUGUCAUUCAGAAACAAUCGUUAAAGAUGAAGCUUCGGAAUAUGCAAAUAUAAUUAGUCCUUCGAAACCGGAAGAUCAGAGAGAUGUUGAAGUUCAGGAUUAUAGUGUGCAGCAUGAAAUUAUCGAUCCUCUUCUGGAAUUAGCAGAAAUAUCUAUGCAACAUGCUAAAAGCGUUAAUAAAUGCGAUAUGUGUAACUCUGUAUUUUUGGAAAAAUCGCAAUUAAUAAGUCAUGUCCGUAUACAUAUCUGAUAAUGUACAAUCUACAUCAUCUUCUGAAAGAAGCUAGGAGCAAUGGAAAAAAUCACAAAUCAACAGAAACAAGUUGAUUGUUGGAGUGUAGGAGGAGGUGUGAGUCAACGAAGCUAAGGACUCCAUUGGCAGUUGGAGUAUGGAGUUUUAGGACGGAAACUUUGUGAAGGAUAUUCUGAAGAAGUUCAAUUACAUCGUUGAAAUUAAAAGAAGGGGAAUUGAAACCAACUAAAUAAAAACUAAUUUCUUAUUGUAUACUCUUAUUAAGGAUGUUUGCCUGUUGGUUAUUUUUGUGUAUAUACAGAAUGUUCCUAAUUGGAGGUACAAACUUGGGCCCGCAAACGUUUUGUGUUUCUGAUACUAGGAGUUGAAACUUAAUUUUUUUUCCUACCUUCACCUUCCCUUCGCAAGAUAUUCAUCUUGGAUUUGGCAAUUUUCCAAUUUGAAGUUUUCAUCACGUGAUCAUCAAGUCUACUGGGAGAUAUUUUUUCUGGAACAAUGCCCGCAUCUCUUGUUAUGAACUUUUUUUUGGUGGACCACUGGUAGUUUAGAAAUUUGGUCCAGUACUAUAAUUUUUAGUUUCUUGUAGUUUUGUUGUAUCUGCUACCGAUUUUGGGAAAAGUUUCGAACAAUUCUCUACACCUUUUCCCAUUGUUAAAUAGAAAAUCAAAGUACAAUUUCAGAGAAGGAAACAUAUAUUUCAGAAUAGGAAUGUUUUUUUAAAUCAACCAAAAAAUCUGUCAUUUUCAUUUGUACCUCCAAUUCAGGAACACUCUUUAAUAUAUUUAUUGUGAAUUUCAAGAAGGUUAUCUUAUUUAUGGUCAUACCUUGAGUCUGCUAUACUCACCAUGCACAAGGGUGGAAAUGUGUAGUUGCACUUUCAGUUUCAGUGCAUGGUUGCUUCAUUAAAAAAUCUCUUUUAUCUCACCUGGUGGUUCGUGAUGUGAAUUAUGAAAUAGGUGUAAUUUAUGUUGAAUAAAUUUAUUAUUAUUGAUCAUCAAUACUUUUUAGGCCAUUUAUAUACAAUAAUUCCAUUUUUAUGUUGCCAAUCGGUGUUAAAAAAAAUUAUUAAAGAAAUUUUAUGUCUUGUAAGUUUGAAGUAUAUGAAUUAAUUAAUAUUGAAUGAAUACUUUUUAGGCCAAUUAUAUAAAUAAUUUCAUUUUUAUAUUGCCAUUCGGUGUUUGAUAAUUAUUAAACCAAUUUUAUUUCUUGUAUGUAUAAUACUUUAUUAAUUUGCUUUUAAAGGAUUUUAAACUUUUUGAAUAUUGCAUUUUUUGAGCUGGAAAUUUAUCCAUAUUUUAUAUACCAUUGCAUAACUUCAGAAUAUCUCCUCUAUUUUUCAAUGAUGAAAUAUGUAAUCAAAGUUUGAAAUAUAAGUAUAUUUUAAUUUAA